UACAGGCUGCUUCUACUUCCAGACGUGCUUACUCGGAAAUAAAAGGACACACUUGUCAAUAGACACUCCUAGACCCCACAUUACAUCAAGCAAUGCGUUUUCAACAACAAAAAUCAGCACCUUGACCAACCGCUGGGAGCCGCUGUGGAGCCCUUUCACACUUCCUGUCACGCCCUUCUAACACUUAAAACAGGCAGGUAAAGGGGAGGGUUUGACGCAAGGCAUUCUGGAGCGAGUCUUUUUGAGGCAACUUACGGGCAGUGCCAGCGAAGGGAGCGGCUCUAGGGAACUACUUUUCCCAGGAAUCACUUCAGGGGAGGAGGCGGUGACGCCGUUGGGGAAGGCUAUAUAUAAGCCCCGGUCGGCGGGACUUUGAAUAUUGUUUCAACAGGACACUUGCUUGGUGGUUGCUGCUCUCGCUGAGGAAGGCUUUUCGCGUGGCUGCCCCGUUACUUUCCCCGAACUGAAGUGAAGGGAUGGAGGCGCGCUUGGAGGAGCUGAAGCGUCGGGCGGCCGAGUGUGUGGAGGCGUCGUCCGGGCGGCUGGGCGAGCUGAGCCGGGCGAUCUGGAGCCGGCCGGAGCUGGCCUACGAGGAGCGGCAGGCGCACGACGCCCUGACGCGCUUCUUCGCCAGCCGGCCUUCCUCGCCCUCCUCCUCCUCCUCUUCCCCUUCCUCCCCCGGGGGGGCGCCUUGGUCGGUGCAGCCGAGCUACAAGCUGGAGACGGCUUUCCGGGCCGACUGGCAGUGGGACGGCGUGGCCGGAGCCGCCGCCGCCGCCGCUCCCCAGGCCGGCCAGCCCUCCUCCUCCUCCCCGCUGCCGCUGCGCCUGGGUUUCCUGUGCGAAUACGACGCCCUGCCGGGCCUCGGUCACGCCUGUGGCCACAACCUGAUCGCCGAGGUGGGCGCCGGCGCCGCGCUGGGCCUGAAGGGUUCCCUGGAGAGCCUCGGCCAGAGCCCCGCCGCCGCCGCCGGGCUCCCCCGCCCCGUCCCUGCCGUCAAGGUCAGUGUUAUAGGUACGCCAGCAGAAGAAGGGGGAGCAGGAAAGGCAGUCCUGGCUAAAGCGGGUGCUUUUGAUGACUUGGAUGUUGUGUUCAUGGCUCAUCCCUUUCAAGAAGACUUGCCUUACCAGCCCACUCUAACAGAUCGCAAUAUGACUGUGAAAUACUAUGGAAGAGCAUCUCAUGCAGCUGCUUACCCUUGGGAAGGAGUAAAUGCAUUAGAUGCUGCUGUUGUUGCAUAUAACAAUCUGUCAGUUCUAAGGCAACAAAUAAAGCCAAACUGGAGGCUUCAUGGCAUCAUAAAAAAUGGUGGAGAGAGGCCAAAUAUUAUACCUUCUUACACAGAGCUUGAAUUCUAUUUGCGUACACCUCUAUUAAAGGAACUACAUAUUCUGACAGAGAAAGCUGAAAAUUGCUUCAAGUCUGCAGCUCUGGCCACAGGAUGCAAAGUAGAAAUAAAUAGUGAGUAUGCAGAUUACUGGAAUGUCCUCCAAAACAAAAGACUGGAACAAGCAUAUGUGGAAAAUGGAAAAGUGCUGGGAAUGAAAUUUCCAGUUCAAGCAAACGUGUCUGUUUCAUCCGGUUCCACUGACUUUGGGAAUGUUUCCUAUAUUGUUCCUGGAAUUCAUCCUUAUUUUUAUAUUGGCUCAGAUGCUCUGAAUCAUACUGAACAAUUCACUCAGUCUGCAGGUUCUGAAGUGGCACAGAAAUAUGCCUUGAGGACAGCUAAAGCUUUGGCAAUGACUGCUCUGGAUGUUGUCUUUAGACCAGGUCUGUUGGAACAAGUCCGAGAAGACUUCAGGCAAGCAAAACUAAACAGCAGUGCUGAAGUGUAAACAGAAAACUUUUCAGCCUUGGAAUAGUCAGAAACGCCUUCAUUCGCGUCUGUCAGAGCUAUGUUUAUUCCACACUAAAAUAAAUUAAACUGUGCCAAGAAUGCUAUAUGCUGCAUCCUUAUUGUGUUUUCUCUUUCACACAGUAUGCAGUAUUAUGAUCUGCACCAUUUAAUAGGUGAGUGAAGUCAUCCGUCUUUAUGGGUUUCUUCAGGCACAACUCACCUGUCAAGCAUCUUUGCACCACCAAUGCCCAUAAAUUAAUUUUUAAAAAAUAGUUGCUCAGUACUACCUAAUUUUACUGUUCUCUUUUUAUAUAGUAUUAGAAAGGACUUUCAUAGUGUCUCAUUUUUGCUCAGUGUAAACAUGUAGAUGGAUGCAUGACACAUAGCAGAUCAUAUAUCAGAAAAUGAUUGCUUAGAGCAAGAGAAAUCUGACUUGUUUUAUGCCUGUACUCAGGCAUUUUAAAAAAGGGUUAAUUUGAAAGUGUGGGCUCGAUUCCCCCAUCCCACUAGUACUGCUUGCUAUUUCCACAGGGAGAGACUCCCAGAGAAGGAAAGCUGUAUGUGUGAAUGUGUUGUAGUGACACCUGGAGAGUCUGUUAUUUGGGCUCUUGACAACUCAGGGUUCCUGACUCUGGACAAGCUGCAUGUCCACACAAUCUCCACCCUUUUUACAGCCCCAGGAAAGGGGCAGGGCUAAAACUACCUGAUGGUGCAUUCAAAUCAAACCUUUUUAGAACACCUGAAUAGGGCUUAUAUAGUUUUGUAGCAAGUUGUUCAUUCAUGGGAAACACACCAAGAACUUGUAUUGGGAUUUGAAACAUAAGAUCUUUCAUUUGUAUAAAAGCAUGCAUUUAUUUGGCAAUUAAAAAAUCCAAGGGGUGAAACAUUGUUUUUGUUGUAUUUCAUGUACAUUAAAAUUGCACAGGAGAAGGUGAGGUGCUGGCAUAACAUUCCCAUAUUCCUCCUUUCUUUAACAUGCAGACAAAGUUUAUUUACACUAGAUGUUUCUGUAGUUUGGAUCAUGGAGACCUUGGUUGGAUCCAGCUUUUGCUACUUUUAUACCAGCUGAAGCAUUUGUUAAGAAUUCUGCUGAAAAUGUUCCCACUCGUGGAAAGGAGAGGUAAUCCUUGCUGAUUUGCUCCUUCCCUCUGCAGUACUUCCACUUCUGUUUUAGGGGGUCUUGUAAUCUCCAUGUUUCCUUUUGAGUUACAAAUGCAGGGGAAAGGGAACCAAAAAGGAUCACCCACUCCAUUUGUCCAUAAGAUUCUGCCGUACAAGAGAAGCCUUCUGCAGCCAGAAGGUCUCCUUCCAUGAGAGGUAGAUUCUGGAUCCAGCCUCUAGUGAAGUAUCUUGUUUCAAACUCCUGGUUUAAAAUCUGACAGUCUGGAUAUACAUAAUCAGGAAGAGUUUCCAUAAGGCAUGAUAUUAAAAAGAGAUUCAGUUGAGCAGAGCACUUUGUGUUUAUGAUCUGUGUAACAAUUUUCAGUUGCACUGCUAUAAUGGAACAGUUUAGUCAAUGCCACAAAUAUUUUAAUUACUAUAGCAGCAACACUACAGUAUAUGUUGCACUCGUGUUUUUAAAAAUAUCUGAAUGUAAACAUUGUACCUCAAUCUGAAAAUGCUGGCAACAACUUAAAGUUGUUAAGAGUACUACUUUGUUCAGAUUUCUGUGGAACUAUCCAUAGGGUGGGAUUGAAUACCAGAAGUAGUGUUGGUUCAUUCAGUAAAGGCUGUUCCCAAAUAAAUGUUUUAUCUUAUCAAAUUGUUGUUAUCAAUUGAGGAGGAAGAUAUGAAAGGUGGCCAGAAAUGAUUAGCAGUAAGCAGAGGAUUAAUGUAUGCCUUGGAGUGCAGAGAGGGGAGACGUACUUCUGUAAAGAAUCUUUAUAAAAUUUGUGUACAGUAUUCAGAUGUGCAAUCUUAGCUAUUUACACAAAUACUGGAAAUUUUACAAUAUUACAUAUAUAUACAUAUAUAUAUACAUACACAGAAACUAUGUAUUAAUAUUGUCCAUCACUUCUAUAAUUGGUAUACAGUUUCAGAAUGAGAAACUCAGAAUGCCCUUAACAGCAACAUCACUACUGUGUUCUGUACUCUUAAUAAUGUCUGGCACAUCUUUUAAAAUAAAAGUACUAUUCAAAUAA